GAUGGUUCCAGUACGCGGCUCCCAUCCUACGAUCCUGUACUGGGACACCGCCGCGCUAAGCCCUGUUGCGAUAAAAUUGACGACAAUACUACGUAAGCAAGACGGGUCCGAGAAUUGACUAUGGUAAGCAUCGCUACGCUUGGACUGUCAUUGGUGUGCUUGGGAGAUGUUGCUGGGCAGAUAUCAUCAAAUUUUAUGCAUCCAGGAAGUAGGGCCGUUACAGUAUCUGACAAGUCAAAAUCGGAAUGGCAAUCUUUAUAUAUACGAAGGAGAAAUGAUCGGGAGCUCGGGCUGCAUUGUGCUACCGAGAUUUCACAACCUCAUGCCGCGGAGACUCUGGGGGGGUAUAAAAGAUUUAAAUAAGAAGCAAUACGGUUGACCGGUCCGAGACAGGAGAUUCUGUUGGACAAAUGAGCGUA